AUGGCGUUUCCGCUGAGGUGGGUGGUCGCGGAGCCGCCGAUGAAGCGGAGGAUGCCCUCGAGGCGGCUUCCCCUGAUGUUCGUCUCAGGUCGGCGCGGCGUCUCAGUCGCCCUUCAGACAUCGGAGCCGACUAACCGCAUCGCGGCAUCCAGGCUUGCGCUGCCGUGUGCAUCGUGGUCCCUGACCCCGCGAAACGCUCAGUGGCGCACGGCCACAAGACGCGAGAGUUCAUUCGAUGUGCUGUCCCUGCGUGGAGGCGCCCCCACGACUGGCAUCGUUCGUCGAGGGAGAGCAGAGCCGACACCAAGCCCCUAG